AUUACCACAGUUCUGCAGUGACGAAACCAGAGAUUAGCAGCUCACAGUUGCUUUUUAUGUGAGCCUCAUUUUUAAAUAAAUUGAAGAUUAAUAUAUUAUUCGUAAAGUUUAGCGUUCAGAUCCUAAGUAUGAAUAUGACGCUUCUCUAAAGCUGCCAAAAGAGGGAAAUGACAUGUCAACGACAAAAACUUAAUCGUGGAAUCUCUUUGCGGUUUGAAGUGGACUGGAACGUCUGUGGAACGAGCAGUAGCCCUCUGAAGUUUACUGUUUCCUCGAUAACAAAGAAACAUCGUUUUUCCUUUUUUUGCUAUUAUUCGACGCCAACGCGCAGUAAAAGGCUCUGAGACCAUUUAAAAUGCAAAACGCGCAUAUCUGCGGUGUUUUUAUUUUAGAAGGACAUGGGGCUCGGAGAGGGGUCGUUUGAGUACCACUGAUCGGCUAUUAUUCGAGACACCUACGUGAUCAACCCCCCCAUACACCACAUUUAAUCAACUAAAUGUAAAGGAUCCCUCAGGUUCAAGCUAUCAUGGAUAUCUUUCCCCGGCCAAGCGGUGAAAUUCAGAGGAAGAACCCCCAAAACGACUUUGAGCUCAUCCAGAGGGUGGGAAGUGGCACAUAUGGAGACGUGUACAAGGCUCGAAACAUACAGACGGGAGAACUUGCUGCAGUGAAGAUCAUCAAGCUGGAACCCGGGGAUGAUUUUUCCAUCAUACAGCAGGAAAUAUUCAUGGUGAAGGAAUGUAUGCACCACAAUAUUGUGGCCUACUUUGGGAGUUACCUUUGUCGGGAGAAACUUUGGAUAUGUAUGGAAUACUGUGGCGGAGGAUCUCUGCAGGAUAUCUAUCAUGUAACUGGACCUCUGUCAGAACUUCAGAUUGCAUAUGUCAGCAGAGAGACGCUGCAGGGUUUGGGCUACCUACACAGCAAAGGCAAGAUGCACCGAGAUAUCAAGGGUGCAAACAUUCUUCUAACGGACAACGGAGAUGUGAAGUUAGCUGACUUUGGAGUCGCAGCCAAAAUAACAGCCACCAUUGCUAAAAGAAAGUCUUUCAUCGGAACACCCUAUUGGAUGGCUCCAGAGGUAGCAGCAGUGGAAAAGAAUGGUGGCUACAACCAGUUGUGUGAUAUCUGGGCUGUUGGUAUCACAUCCAUUGAGCUGGCCGAGCUGCAGCCUCCAAUGUUUGACCUGCAUCCAAUGAGGGCCUUGUUUUUGAUGUCAAAGAGUAGCUUCCAGCCUCCGAAGCUAAAAGACAAAAGCAAAUGGUCUGCUGCUUUCCACAAUUUUGUUAAAGUGUCUUUAACAAAGAACCCAAAAAGGCGCCCCACUGCAGAAAAACUUCUGUCGCAUGUUUUUAUGGCCCAGACGGGGCUGACGAGGAGGCUUGCGGUUGAUCUCUUAGAUAAGAUGAACAAUCCAGACAACCACCAGCAUUACAGUGAAGUGGAUGAUGAUGACCUAGAGCCCAUCUCUGCCGUCAGACACACCAUCCGCUCCACCAACAAACACGCCAGAGCUGAGAGGACGCGCUCAGAGAUAAACUCAAACAAUGGAACAGACCAAGGAGGGCCAAUCUCAAGCCCUAGCUUCACUGACAGACACAGGGGGGAUGCAGUUGACAAGUUGCAGUUUAAACCACCUCUCCAGAAGGAAACUGAGGCUCAUUCUGAAAUGGAUGUAAAUAAAGAUAAUGACUUCCCUUCCCCUUGGAGCCCCUUUGCCGAGGGAGGAAUAACAACCAGUGGACACAUCACUCAUCUGGAAGAUGCCUUUGAAGAUGUAGAGCUGUCAACUCUGAAGCCAGGUGUUCCUCCUCCUCUGCCCCCUAAGCCGCCAUUAAACAGCUCGUCUGAGGAGUAUGGUCUAAAUGAUGAGCGGUGUCUGACAGUUCGGAGGUUCCCUAACUCAGAUAAUGGACCGAGCCAGGCGGCUCGCAGACAGAGCACACCUGAGCAGGGCAACAAGGGGGAGCACUCGUCUCCAGACUUCCUCUCAGCCAGCGUUAGCAGUCCUGGCCUUUUGUCUCAUGCAUCUGAUCCCGAUAAUGAUUCAGAUGACAGUGUGAAUGGAAGCAGUCUGAAGCCACCACCCAACCGGGAGCACCGGAAAAAGGAAUUCCCUAAACCAGCGAUCAACGGCCUACCACCCACUCCUAAAGUACUGAUGGGAGCCUGUUUCUCAAAAGUGUUUGAUGGGUGUCCGUUGAAAAUCAACUGUGCCACAUCAUGGAUUCAUCCAGACACCAAAGAUCAGUACCUCAUCUUUGGAACAGAGGAUGGCAUCUACACAUUGAAUCUAAAUGAGCUGCAUGAGGCAACAAUGGAGCAGCUUUUCCCAAGGAAGUGUACGUGGCUGUAUAUUAUCAACAACAAUCUGAUGUCUUUGUCAGAAGGGAGAUCCUUCCAGCUGUAUUCCCACAACCUCAUCGGACUGUUUGAGCAGUUGAAGAAGCCCGGCAGCCUGGCAGCUCAGCUCCAAACUCAUCGUUUUCCAGACAAGAUUUUGCCCAGGCGAUUUGCCUUGACAGCUAAGAUCCCAGACACAAAGGGCUGUCACAAAUGCUGCAUUGUGAGAAACCCAUAUACAGGCCACAAGUACUUGUGUGGGGCACUUCAGUCUGGGAUUGUCUUACUGCAGUGGUAUGAACCCAUGCAGAGGUUCAUGCUCAUCAAGCACUUCGACUUUCCUCUUCCCAGCCCGCUCAGAGUGUUUGAGAUGCUAGUGGUCCCAGAGCAGGAGUAUCCUCUGGUGUGUGUUGCCAUCAGCCAGGGUACAGAACCAGGCCAGGUGGUCCGCUUUGAGACUAUCAACCUAAACUCUUGCUCGUCCUGGUUCACAGAAAUGGGAACAUGUAAUCAGCAAGUGGAUGCAAUCCAUGUCACCCAGUUGGAGAGAGACACUGUGUUGGUGUGUUUGGACCAAAAUUUAAAGAUUGUUAAUCUCCAGGGCAAACUGAAGUCCAACAAGAAACUGGCUUCUGAGCUCAGCUUUGAUUUCUGCAUUGAGUGUGUUGUGUGCCUUCAGGACAGCGUCCUGGCCUUCUGGAAACAUGGCAUGCAGGGAAAGAGCUUCAAGUCCAAUGAGGUGACUCAGGAGAUUUGUGAUCCGAGCAGAGUCUUCCGCCUCCUUGGAUCUGACAGGGUGGUGGUUUUGGAGAGCCGACCGACCGACAACCCCACAGCCCUGAGCAACCUUUACAUCUUAGCAGGUCAUGAGAACAGUUACUGAUCCUCAGCCAGAGACUGGAAGCCUCAUAGAAAAGCUGAAAAGGUUUUGGGAGAGAACUCCAGUUUGGGACCUACAGUAUGCUGCUUGGUAAAAGGAAACGUCUGGUUUGAAACGGUUAUUGGAAGCUUUUGUUAAUGAUCACAUGAUCCGCAGGUCAAAAGAGGAGCUUCUUCCAUGCAGAUUCAUGAGUAGCCUUAACACCAGCACGACUUUCCCUGUAGCAUCCCUGAAUACAAAUAAUGAAGUUCAAGCAGGAGAAACCAUUAAAGCUUAAAUGAACUUUGUUCCAGUACCUAGCAGUUCUCUUUUUCUGUACCGUGGUAUGAGUUACAAACAAGUUAUCUAGAAGUAUUAUCGACUAAAGUGCCAUUAUAAUUCUCAAGAAAUGUGAUUGUAUUAGGAUACAAUGGGAGAUUGUUAUUAAUCGUAACAUAUCACAUAUAUUCAUUGCCGGUGGUAAAUAUCAGUAGGUAUGAGAUUUUACAAAUUUAGUUGUCAAAACUAAUAGUUUAAACAGAAACCCAUGAGCCCUGUGGGUUAUUUAAGCAAUAUUUAUUAACUUAAUCUUCAUUCAGAGGGAAUGUUGGAUUUCCGGACAGUGUCGGAGCGUCCUGCUGUGUGAGGAUUAUCUACCGGGUGAACAGUUCCUCAGCAGCUUUGGGUUUUACUGCUAUGUAAUAUAGUUGCUUCUUGUACUCUGCUGCAUUUUUAGAACUUGGAUUUAAUGUUCUACAAACAUGUUCUUUUCUUUUUUGUUCUUUACCCAUCUCUUUUAUAGGUCUUUUAUUAUUUGCACCAUUUAAGCACUUUUGUACAUUUUUAUUUAAAAUAAAUUGACAAAAUGAGGGACAAUGCUAGGUCUUUAACAUCUCUGCAUUCCCUUUGCAAAAUGUUUAAUGUAAACGUUUUUUGUAAUUAAAAAUAAUUAAAAGCUGUUAACAUGAAA